UAAACACGUUGACGGAAGGAGGUUUUACUGGUAUGCUGACAAAUGUAAAGCGGCAACUGCCGUUUUUAGGCAUGUCAAUUGAGUAAGAGACUGCUGUGUAUUUUGGGAAGACACCAGAAGUAGCCAAUAAGCUGACGAGAUGGUAACCCCCCCCUUCUCCAAAUUAGCUAAUGUUAGCAGGCUAGAGGUAGCGUAAAAGCCCUACACAGUAAAGUAACGUUCAGCUAAAUUAGCUUCAGAGUUAGCCAGAUAAUCUCCUCUCCUACUCCAGUCAGCAUUUAGCCAGCUAGCUCGCACCGCUUCAUAUCAAGCUGAGAGGAAUUUACAAACGCUAUGAUAACUUUGUAUCGUUAGCAUUUUAUUGGCAUUACUUUACCUUUUAUCCACUUCGUAUUAACCUACCUUUAAAAGUUAGUUUAAGUCGUUUAACUGCCGCCCCGAGAGAAACAUGGCCUCCCAAAACUCAAAAUGUCAUUGCAUCGCAGGCAAAUCCCAUGCUAAGCUAAAUGGCUAACGUUAGCUAGCGUUAGCAUGCUUGUUAGCAAGUUUGCAACUUUGGCUGUCAGCACUUAAUUACUGCAUUAAUUUAAAGCUCUGGCUGGCACGUGCCUGGUUAAUGUUACAUCAUCUAAGGCUCCAAAUAAAGGGCUAACUCUUCUGGAUCCCACUGUGCAUGAAGCUCUCCUGAGGUUGUGGUGUCUAAGUGCUGCGUGUCCCAGCUCUUCCUGCCUCUCAUCAUGUCCUCCACCUCCUCCUCCUACUCCUCCUCAGGGGAGACUAGUCCGGAGGAUGUACCCCGAGGUGGGGGCACCAUCCGAGUCUACCUCCCCAACAAACAGAGGACAGUGGUGAAUGUUCGCCAAGGACAGACUGUCUAUGAGAGUCUAGAUAAAGCCCUCAAAGUGAGAGGCCUGAGCCAAGACUGCUGUGCUGUAUUUCGCCUUCUAGAGGGUCGAAAGAGACUGACAGAUUGGGACACAGACAUCACUCCACUGGUUGGAGAGGAGCUUUUAGUCGAGGUCCUGGAUGAUAUUCCCCUUACCAUGCACAACUUUGUACGGAAAACCUUCUUCAAGCUGGCUUACUGUGAUUUUUGCCACAAGUUUCUCUUUAACGGCUUCAGAUGUCAGACAUGUGGCUACAAAUUUCACCAGCAUUGCAGUAGCAAGGUCCCUACUGUGUGUGUGGACAUGGAUACCGUGAGCAAACGAUGUGAUCCUAGUCCCUGCACAGAUGAGUACCCACGGAUACUAUUGCCAGAUAAUUCCCCGUCACAGAGCAACCUAGCCUUAACCCCAGAGCCUGCUGGGAUGGACCUCCUGUCCCCGACCCCGGCCUUUCGCUUCCCCAUGCCGGGUGGUGAUGGCCAGUCUCUCCAGAGGCAUCGCUCCACCUCCACUCCCAAUGUUCAUAUGGUCAGCACAGUGGGCCCUGCUGGUGCCAGCAUCAUAGAGGAAGCACUAAAAUUCAACAACACAAUGGGUCCUGAGCCCUCACCAAAGCCCUCCACCAGCCCACCCUCUUCUCUUGGCUCCCCGGGAAGGAGACCGCCCAAGUCUCCCUCAGAGCACAAGGAGCGCAAGCCCUCCUCAUCAGAUGACAAAAAGAAAGUGCACCGAGGAGGCUACAGAGACUCAAGUUACUACUGGGAGGUCCACUCUCGAGAAGUCACCAUUCAGAAGAGAAUAGGUGCUGGCUCCUUUGGAACAGUCUUCAAGGGCAAGUGGCACGGAGACGUGGCAAUCAAGAUCCUUAAAGUCACCGAGCCAACGCCUGAACAGUUGCAGGCCUUCAAAAAUGAAAUGCAGGUCUUACGGAAGACCCGCCAUGUCAACAUCCUGCUGUUCAUGGGCUAUAUGACUAAGCCCAACUUUGCCAUCAUCACACAGUGGUGUGAAGGCAGCAGCUUGUACCGCCAUCUGCAUGUCACAGAAACCAAGUUUGACACUAUGCGUCGCAUUGAUGUGGCCAGACAGACAGCACAGGGCAUGGAUUAUCUUCAUGCGAAGAACAUAAUUCACCGAGAUCUGAAAUCAAACAAUAUUUUUCUCCACGAGGGCUGGACUGUUAAGAUCGGUGACUUUGGCCUGGCCACAGUGAAGUCUCGGUGGAGUGGCUCUCAACAGGUAGAACAGCCCAGUGGAUCCAUUCUGUGGAUGGCUCCUGAGGUGAUCCGAAUGCAGGACAGCAACCCAUAUACGUUCCAGUCUGAUGUAUAUGGCUAUGGAGUGGUGCUGUUUGAGCUGAUGUCAGGGACCUUGCCUUACUCCAAUAUCAACAACAGAGACCAGAUAAUCUUUAUGGUUGGACGUGGUUACUUGUCUCCAGACCUCAGUAAGCUGUAUAGUACCUCACCCAAGUCAAUGAAAAGGCUUAUCAUUGACUGCCUGAAGUUCAAACGUGACGAGAGGCCCCUGUUUCCCCAGAUCCUGGUAGCAAUUGAGCAAGUUCAAGACCUGCUGCCAAAAAUCGAGAGGAGUCGCUCAGAGCCAUCGCUCCAUCGGGCCGUCCACGCUGAGGACCUGAACCCCCUUCUGUUCCACACCACCAGGCUGGUGCCCCUCUAAGCUCCCCGCAGCAUGGGGCAGAGAAGUCGUCACCUGUCUAAAACCAUCACAGUGUGAGGCAUUCGGGUGUCUCAGAGAGGCCACAGGCUGACUGUCCUGACAGACCACAACCCCCAACUCACUUCCUGCCCCUGCAGAGCCCCGGAGCUGCAGCACUCAGCGCAAAACUCAGUAACUGCAGAAAUAACCGUAACACUUUUAGUCUGAUGGUGAAUCUUCUAUUCUUUUAUAACAUGACAAAGAUCUGCUCAUUAAGGGAUGUAAUUAUCUACUGUAUCUAGAAGGAUGUUAAAAUGCCUCUGAUCAGUCCGUUUGCGAAAGUCAUCAAACUGGUUAAGCUGCAUUACAUAUUCUGACCUACUAGGAAGUAUUUUCAGUUGAUUUUCAUAAAAGGUAAAGACAGUUUGGCACCAACCCUGCAAAAGUGUGUGCCCAUUUUCAGGAAUAAAUUAGUCUCACUCAGACCUUUGAGGAGCACUGUGAUCAUAGCCAAAACAUUUAAAUCAGGUCAACAGUCCAGUGCCAGAGCUGCUGGUUCAAGUCACCUGAUCAGCUCACAUAUUUCAAAUGCUCUGUUGUCAUGCGCCCCUUUCAGUCUAAUGCGAUGGGAGAUCUGAGAUGUGAAGCUAGUGAUUUGAAAGCAGACUCAGUGCUUAGUUACCUUGGUAAAAGUGUCUCUGCACAUACAGAAAGCAGUGACGGGCUUGAAAACAGAAGUGGUGGAUUUUUGCAACUUAGUAUGACCUCAGAAUAAUUUAUCUGAUUUGGAUAGCUGCACUCGAAUCAUUAAGUUCACCUUGGACCCAGGUUACCAUUGAUGUUACAUUAUUGAUGGACUAAAAAAAAAAAGUUAAACUCUAAAAAGCAUUUGAUAUGUGGAGGUUGAACGGUUAACACAGCAGCACCUGGCCGAAAUGACUGUAGUUCAAAUAAUUAUAUUUUUUAGAGAUAUGCAUUUGAAUUCACAUAUUCCUGUGAGUCUUAAACAUUACAGUUUGGAAAAAGUACAUCAACAGGCCAUUAGAUCUCUUUCAGCUUAAAUUGUUUGGACCAAUAUUUUUGCAGUUGAUACAGAAAGGUUUGUCUGACAAUUUGUUGUUCUGAUAUUGAACAUUUCCGAGCCCAAAUCACAAGGCAGAAUAUUAAUCAAUUCUUAUGCAGAUAAAACUACUGUAUUAAGACGGUUGAGGUUUGGGGCUUUAAAUAGACUGAUAGCACAGUGUUGAUCAAUUCUACACAUCCUCUUUAACUGCAACAUUUAAACCUUGUAAAAUUAGCUCACUGUUUUGGUCUGCCCCUCAUACACAGUGUCGGAAAAACACAUUUACGUGUUUGUGCAGAGCACACCUUAAAAUUCAAGGAGGUACCAAGUCUUUUUGUUCCGCUGAUUCUUUUCUCUAGUUUCACCAGUGUCAUCACACCCCAGAUCACAGGACUGCAGAUAAGACAGCUUUUACCUGUUUUCUUUUGUCAUUUUUAUCUUCAUGAGAAAUUGACAGACCAUUGUAAGUUCCAUUCUUAAUGUAACUGGUUAGUUGUAUUGCUGCUACUUUUAGUGUUUUCUAUUCAUAUUUUUUCUACACCUCAGAAAUGAGACAGACUUGUACCGGAGUGCACCUUCAUUGUUCACAGCUGCAACAGGUCUUUUGCAGUGUAGAUUAGCCAUUGGUUGACACCUCACACAUACAUGCCCACACACAUACUGGUCGUAACACUGUGAGUUACUUGGUUAAAUGAGUCAUACCGAUUUGGAUGCACUGCAGAAGGUGUGAGAAGUGGAAUUAAUUUCCUGCAAAUAAUUGAGGAUUCAGUGUGCUCCAUAUAAACUCGACCGUAUCACGUUGAAUGGAUUAGGGUGACGAUGCACCUUUUAGAACAGUCUGUCCUCGAAGGCGCUUGUGUUGUUAUCCAUUAUACACACACAGUGACAAUGAAAAAGACGGCUUGAAAGAAGCUCAAAUCAUGCUUAUUUUCACCUGUAGAUUUUUGGAUUUUUUGUGUCAGAAAAGCAUCAUAAUUGUCUGAUCGCUCUUGAUUCCACUGUUAAUAAAGGAGCUUUAGAUGCUGUAGAUGAGUGGGCAAGGACUUGGUUUGAAGAAUGAGUCCUUACAGUUUAAAUGAGCAAAUUAUGCAUCAUCCCAUUGUUCAUGUAGCUAGCUGAUAAGUGAGUAGCAUUAAUGGACCAAAGUUUAGAUCUUUGUUUGUUUGACUUUCAUGCCGUCUUUGUCUUUCAAACAACAGUUGGAGGUGACUGGCUAUAACUCAGUACGUUUACAUGCACACCUAAUUCAAGCUACAGUCAUAGCUCGACUUGGCCAUUUAAUUGGACUACUGUCCUUGUCCCAGUAUACAAGCACAGGAGGGGAAUUGAUUUAAUGACCGAAAUAUGUUCUUCUCUGAUAUGAUGGGUGGUGAAAUGCCUUGUUAGUAUUGGACCUUUUUUCGGUUGACCUAUUACAUCACAGACCCAACAAUCAACAAACGUGAGCUAUGGUUAACUAGCAGCAAACUGGUACCAACAGCUUUGUACAUUUCGUACGUGCUGUACACUUUUACUUUUUGUACAGAUGAGAUGCAUGCUGGAUGUAGAUUUCGCCAUGUUACCUGCUUCUUCUUCUGUUACCCAUUUAAUGCUGUUCGACUUCCAGGUCAAAGCCAGAAACUGUGAAGCAUGCGCAGAGUACCUAGGCCAGUUUGGGUUUGAUUGACUGUGUACAUGCAGGAGUAAUUAUACUCCCAGUCACACAUUCUGGGUGUGUUAGUCUGACUUUGAGAAAUUCGAUUUAGUACAAUUUCAGUCGGACUAAUAUGUUAACAUGUAUUUUAAAAGUCCAGUUUUAUUCGGACUAACACAAUAAAUUGAUUUUCUCUAAUGUCAUGUAAACAUACUGACUGUCAACAUCAAAGUCAUUUUGUAAUUUUGUAGACAGGGCUGUUUAAGGAGCUGAAUUAGAUUUGUAAAUGAGGGUGCAUAGAAAUCUGUUGAUGGCCAGGAUGGCACAGUGAUGUGAUGUGGAUUUUGUGAGAUUCUCAAAAAAACAAAAUUAUUAAUUAAAUAUUAAUAAAUAUGUAGAGCUUAAGUAAUUAAUGUGCACUAGAGGCCAUUUGCAAACACUUUGUAACACUGUAAUCAAGUAGCUACCCUGUGCAGUGUACACUGGGAUAGAAAGUGGCCAAGUGGAUUUUAUGAACAGUACAAUUCCCACAUUCCCGCAGAGUGUUUCAUGGCCAAGCUUUUCUUUGUGAAUGCUGGUGGCCUUCCCCUGCUCUCACUUCUGGAGAGGAAUGAAUGAACCAAACCUUGACUUGUUGAUCAUGUUGCUCACAGUGCGAUCUCUGGGUUAGGCCUGUAACUAGUUGCUGUGUCUAAUGACUAAUGUAGUAAAUAGACUUGGUGGGGCAGACACGUCAGGAUACUGUCACAGACAACAUUCAAUGCUCAGGUGUAUACUGCUUCAUGAUGCAGUCAGUUUCCAAUUGAUGUUUCCAACGCAUAAAACAAGCUGCCUUGCUAACGAUUAGAUGUUGUUACAGGAAUACUUUAGCCCCCAAAAUGAUCAUUUGUAUAUCAGUUAUUCACCCCGUGUUUUGAUGAAUUAAUGCCUCCAGUGUUUAUAAAUGGAUAUUUUGAUACAGCUUAGCAGUUAAAAGCCACCCCUAUGCUUUCAUUCCAACAAGAAUUUUUCUCUUCAUUCACUGUGUAGGCAUGUGAGAAAAACAAAAUUUCCUUCAGAAAUUCAUCCUAACAGGGGUUGAGUAAUUAAUACACAACUGAUCAUUGGCAGUGAAUUAUUCCUUUAAAAUAAUGGCUCCAGCUGCAUAAAGAACUUCCUCAGUAAUGAUGGUGGAUUUGUAAUGGUGUGCUGUGUUUUCUGUCAUGGCUGUAGUGUUUUCGAUGUCAGAAGGCCUCAGGAGCCCCGGCUAACAUCACAGUGCUCCUAAAAUUGUUUGAUGACGACCAGUGCCUCAUUGACAGGAAAGUAGUCCUUCAUGAAACACUGCUCCUGUUAGGAACAAAAUGCAUCAUGGGAUUUAACUCAUCACAGGGAGAUAUUAGUAGGAGUCUUUUUCUUUUGGGACAGGCUGAGACCUUUUGUGGAUUAUAAACCUAAUCCCAUGCAAAAGCACUGUACACCAAUGUGGAGCUAUGAAUUGCAUGCGUUGUAGAGGGACUUUGUGCAGGUGUCUCCUUUACUUGAACCAUUUCUGGAGCUGCUUUUCCUCUUAGCUUCUUCUGUCAACAGUGACACUAGUGGAAAGUACUACAUUCCUCAAGGGUUUUCACCCCCAUCACCUCUACAAGAUCCAAUUUCUUGAGACAUUGACAUGCCUGAACACAGACUUAAACAAAACUUUAAUAACUUGUAUAACAGAUCAAAUAUGUAGUUUUAGUUAGUUUACAGGACCCUUUGCUCCUCCUCAUACUAGACAGUUGACAGUAUAUUGACCCUUUCAGACACAACAGGGCAAUAGCACUGCUGCACUCUGAAAUCCAUUCUUUGGGCAGCUGCCACCGGGCUAGGUGCACUGAACCCCGCAGCGAAUGCAGCUCAAAUUGCGGUAAAUUGGUGUAAGUAUAUAAAGCGAGCAGCAGCAGCGACCCACCAUCUGACACAGCACACCAUGACCACUGACACAGGGGCUCGGCAGGGAGACGAAGAUGAUGUCUGCAGUCAUUUUGACUUGACUAGCGGACUUCACUACAAGCCCACCGGCUGUUGAAAUAGGUGACCAGCCUUAUGUUCUCAACCACCUGCCAGCCAUUUGACCACCUGAGUUGCUGGUGACACCAUCAGCCAGCUUGAGUCGAGCUCAGACCGGCCAGUUUACACAGCUGGAACUUUUCUCAGCAGUGUUCUAAAAGUUGCAUCUUGUUGCGAAUGUUUGGUCUAAACUGGGCUAAAGAAGACUUUAUCUUAUCUUUAAAAGUCACAGACUUUUUACUAUCACAUUCCCUCCAUGUAUUUGUAUGAAUAGUGUUUCAUUGCUGAGCAGUGCUUGAGGGGUAGUUUCUGAUAGGAGGACAAAACAAUAAAAACUACAUAGGACUGCCAAAACAAAUAUGCCCACUUGACCUCUCGAUUUGUUUUUCAGAUAGCUAAAGCUUCAUAUUAGCUUUGAUUUAAAGAAACAUAAUGUAUGCUCCAUGUAACAGCUUUGUUGGAUAUGUAUAGCCAGACAUGUUUGAACCAGAAUCAAAUUCAGAGCCAGAGGAAACUGACCUGCCUGAAAAUGAACCUUGUUCUUCUCAGUCUGCAGCAGAACAGUCAUUUUGAUUCAUUUUUUCAAACAACAAAAGUCAAUGUCUAUAGUUUUUAAAUAGCUCCAUUGUGUCAUCAAGCAAGCUUUUUAAACACUUCUAAACACACACACACACACACACACUUCUAAACACACAUUUUAUUUUACCCCGACUUCAAGUUUAGAAGGUAUUUUAGCAAAGAAGAACUGUGGACUUUGUCCUGUUUCUAACUGUAGUUGCACUAAGAAGAUACCACAUCACGGCCAGUAUGGAGAGGGGGAAUGACCACAGCAAUAACUAAGUCUUUCAUAUGGCAUGUGAGAGUUAUAGUAAGGGACUUGAGAAAAUCCUGACCUAUCCUUAAAGUCACUGGUAUCAUCCUGUUCCAACAAGUAAUUGUAGGCUAAUACACGGCAAAAGUGCUCCUUUCCCUGGCCUGAUCUGUCAGGUUUUUCUCUCUCAGUAUGACUGUUGGUCGUCUGUUCCAUUCCUUGCAGCAGUGGUUGCGACUGGUCACUGCUUAUUGGCAAAAUUGGUAAUCUUGGAAGUGUCAGUGUUGUGAUACUAACAAGUCAUAUGGUUUUUAACGUCACACUAGAGUGUAACUACCAGCAGCUGUAAGGAUGAUGUUUUAGGUGGUGUUCUGUGAACUGGCCUUGCUUCUCUGUGUAUUGUAUGUGUCAGUUAAUGAACUGACAGCAGAUGGGACGUAGACAGUGAUAUUUUACUGUUGUGAAAGGGGCUGGGUACCCUUACUGUUCUUACUCAUUCCAGUUAUAUUGUGGUCGGGGGGGGGCAUUGGUUUUACCAGCGGGUCGGGGUGGGGAUCUGUGAACCAGGGUUGGGAAAGACUUUCUUUCUGUCUUUCUCUUAUUUAUUGAUGUCUUUGCGGCUCUUCGAGUCUGAUAAAAUGUUUACAGAGACAUCACUCUUUGCAACAUUCACGUCAUCGCCGGCCGCUCUCUCUAGCAAGAAUGUUCUUUUCGGCACGGUACUGUCUGCCCCUCCAAAUGACUUAUUCUGAUACUGUCUCCUGUAGGGGCAUUUAUAGUGGUUUGUCUUUUAAUAUCUUGAGCACAAACAAGAUAUCAAACUUUUAAGAAACAUUUUGUUCAUAGGGUUUCACUACGAUAGCAAAUGUUAAAAGAUAGUUCAGAAUUUUUUAAGUGGGGUUGAAUGGGGUACUUAUCCAUAGACCGUAUAUUACAUACAGUAGAUGUCAGUCAGCACAACCCCAGGUUGGAGUCUGACAUGAGAGCAAGGCAAUCUACUGCUGUGGAUGGGUCAGCAACAAAAUGUAUUUUAGCCACCUAAAAAAAAAUCAGUGUAAGUGUAUGAUAUAUUGACAGUAUUUUACUGCUUUACCUUGAUGUCAGAUAGUGAUAUUCGAUGGGAAAAUGGAGCUGUUAAUAUUGUUCUCUUUCAAGCCAGACUCCAUUGAGGAAAAAACUGUGAUUUAACAUUGCUGAAACAGGAGCUGCUGAUCUAUUGCUACCUUGAACACUUAUUCUGUUAUUUGUUAUUGUGUGCCUUUGGCAUUUAAAAGGCUAAGUUCAGAUUCAGAUGAAAGUCACACAAUAGAAUUAACUAACUAAUCGAAGAAGCAGCAGAUCAGCAGCUCUUGUGUUCAGUAGGCUAAAAUUACUAUUUUUGUCAAUGGCGUCCAGUGGCUUUGACGAGAGCAUAGAUGGAUAACUAAAGCCAUUGGAAUAGGCUGAUGGAAAGGUAAAGCAGUGAAAAUACUGUCAAUAUAGCAUACACUUAAACUGAUACUGAUUUUUUUCAGGUGGGUCUGUUUUUUUAAAUACUUUUUCUUGCUGAUGUCCUUCCACAGCAUUGCAUUACUAACCUUCCAUGUUGGGCUCCAGCCUACUUUUCCAAACUGAGGGCAUGUCCAUUGGCAUCUACUGUAGGUAUUGCACUAACUAUGUGUAAGUACCCUGUACAACCCCACUUGAAAAAUCUGAGCUAUCCUUUUAACGGUAACACUCAAAAUACUGUAAAAGAAACUUGUUAUAUGGUGGGCUGUGUUUUAAACUUGAGCCUAUCCUGUGAUAUUUAAGUGUAGCUUAUGAGUAUUUGAAUGGCCUAAGGCUGCUGGAUGACCGAAACCCACCUUUUCUAUGUGAGAUGCUUUUUAUAAUCUUUCAGCAGAGCCAGGACAGAAUGUCUUUUUAAAAUUUCCAUAAUGCAACGUUGGACCAGGUUUCCUGUGAAUCAAUGUCAUAAGUGCAUCGCCUCUCUGAGAGACUGGCUGUAGUGGAGGACUCAUUAUUUUCCCGUUCACUAAGGAUAUUGAAUUAUGUUAGUUCAGUUUGUGUGAGUGUGGUGUCUCCCAAAGAGGACUGAGUUUAUCUCCUUCUGAAGGAGGAGGGAACAAGUGCCACAGUUACUGGAAAUCCAUUCAAAUAGACCUGAAAGGUCUCAUGACACAUUCAAGAUACUGUGAUGCUUUUGGAGAAUUGGAGGGGCGGCACUGGAGGGGGGAAAUCCAGACUUACCACAGCUGUGUGUUUCGGAGAAGAAGAAGAUGAGAGAGCUGUAUCAGAGUAGUUUUGUUUUGUUUUGUCUUUUCAUAUCUCUAGGUGAAUUGCAAUACUUGUGUUUAUAGUUUCUGAGGUGUCAGGGGUGUUCAGUUUGCAAUAAAUGGUAUAUUCUGCUGUGUACAGUUACAUUUUUUAAUUACAAAAAUCGUAUUUGUCUAUUUUUUGUGUGAUGGUUUCAAAAAGAACAAAAUUAUUAUAAGUGUAAAGGAAAUCUUAGUAUUUUUUUAGGUUUUUUUUUUUUUGUCUUAAAAUAUUGAUGCAGGAUUUAUUCUUUAAAUAAAUACAUUCAUCUGUUACCCAC